GAGGAGCUACAAACUGGGGGCAGAGCAGCAGUACAAAAGAGAUGCCUACUGUACCUGCACACUGACUUACUUCCAGAUUUAACUGGAACUGGUACUGACUUUCGCCUGAAAGGACAUAAAGUAGCAAUGACUCAAGGACUGAAAGAAGAAACCUAAAGUUUUAAAAAGGACCAAAACUAAAGACACCGAGGAAACCUGUUUGACAGGAUUUUUUCUGUUUUGAUUGCAGGAUGGAACUCGAUCUUUGAAGUGAUUUCCUCUUCACUUUAGAGACAAUGCUUUGCUCUAUGUUUCCAGGGUAGAAUCUGUUUCUGUUUUCAAGCUUGGAAUUAAUAUUUGCUGACCCCCAGGCCAUUUGUUUUUUGACUGCUAAAAUGGAAAGCACCAAUGGAACUGAACAACCUCUUGAAGACGAUGAAGCUGCCGAGAUACAAGUGUACAAGUUCUAUGCAGCCGCAAUAAUUGUGAUUUUUAUCUUGGCUUUGCCUCUGAAUGCAUCUGUCAUCCACCUCUUUAUUUUCAAGCUAAGGUUUUGGAAAUCCAGCACAAAUAAUAUCUUCCUCUUCAACCUGGUUUUGGCUGACAUCCUCCUGCUGAUCUGCUUGCCCAUAAAGGCCUAUACCUUCAUCCAGGGAGUUAGAAAUAGUAACAAUGACGCUGUCUGCAAAGCCAUGCUUUUCAUGUUGUUUUUAAACCGUGGAGCUAGCAUCGCCUUCCUAACAGCGACUUCCAUCCAUCGGUAUUUUCAUGUGGUGCACCCUGGUCGAAAAAGUCCCCUAAAAGCGCUUAAGAAGUCUCCACAGAUCUCUGUCCUCAUCUGGGUGCUGCUUCUGCCUCUCACCAUCCCCACCAUGCUCAAAAACUUUGACUGCUCUUACAGCCUCAUUAAAGAAAAUGCUACCGUGAUCAAGGAUGUGGUGGAUGGCAUCAGAGAGACUGUAAUCUUUACUCAGAUCCUGAUCCCGUUUGUCAUCCUGCUCUACUGCACUGUGCGCAUCGUCAACCGACUCAGGAAAAAAACAGUCGGGGAUAGGACCAAGCUGAAGAGAGCGGUAUUUCUGGUCACUGCUGUCAUGGUGCUCUUUUCAUUCUGUUUCCUCCCCUGCACCAUAGCCAGGAUGGUUCUGCUUAUCAUUCGGGUCAAAGAUAUGCCUGAUUACAUCGAGCACAAAGCUGUAGUGGCCUUUGAUGGCCUCAUGGUCCUCUCCUACAUAGACUGUCUGCUCGACCCACUUGUCUACUGCUUCUCUAGCACCAAGUUCAAAGCACUUUAUCUAUCCAAUUACUUCCCAUUUUUAGUAAAAGAAACUCCACAGGUCAGCUCAACAGGAAAGUCAAACAGAACUACAAAUGUUACUGUCAUUUCAUGUUUAUGAAAACAAAGAAGGGAGAGUUCCCAUACAGAGUGUGGUUUCACUCUAUAGUAGCCGCAGGUUGAAAAAAUGGUUCAAUGGUUAAAAUGUGUUAUGAGGACAAGGCAUAUAAAUAUUUGAAUUCCUACUUUCUUAAGAUUUUCAAAUAUACAGAAGUAAAAAAUGAAAAAAUAUAUUAGUUUAUCAGCCCUAUGGAUAUAGCACAGGGGUCAAAAUUUGAAAUUUCUCUAAGAGAAUGCCUCCCAGCCAAAGUAUGCACAUCUGUUCUUCUGUCAAAUUAUACCAACACAGCUUUUAUCUAAGCCACAACAGUGAAACAAGUUUUUGUUUUUCACACCAUCUGUUAGAUAACAUUUAGGGGAUCCUCAGUCUGCAGGUGAUUAAUACGUCAUUUUAAAAGUACAUACAGGGAAAUUAUCAUGACAUGAUCAUUUCCAGCUCAUAACAGUUCAAUAUAAUAAUAAUUUUUUAUAUUCAUAUUUAUUUUGUCUUAUACUGGGCCAUGUAGCAGACAUUCAGGUUAUCCACAGUCAGAAGUAAGUCUCGCUCUCAGUCAUGUGUCUUCUGUUUGGCCUCACAUCAUCAAAUGGUGGAAUGGGAAGGAUCUACACAAUUUUAGGCAGGUGGCUUUAACAUUGUUGGUUGUCGGUACUGAACUGUUUGUGAUGUGUGAAAAGAGAUAUGUAUAUAUAUUCAUCCUGAUUUUAUUUCUAGUAAAUGGAUUACGGUAUGUUGGGAACACCUUGAUGAUACCACCUUGAAAGCUCUGCUCACAAAGUGCCACGCCCACAAACGACUCUUACAAUGUAAAACAUGAGUCAUACACUCAACCUGAACUAAUCUUCACCCUGACUUAGUCCCAGAAAUCCCAGCAUUUCUAUAUAAGUCACAUGGGUGAAAUUACUCACCUUAAUGACACCAUCAGUAGAUGUAGCGCGCCGAGUGAGGGUAUGUCUGGUGUAACUGUCUGUCAGUAAAUAGACACCUCCCUGAUUUAAGUAGUCAAUAAGCUGGAAUCUGGUGAGUCUAUGCUCCCUGCUUUCAUCUACAAUUUAAAUCGUCUGUGGGUUAACAAUGAGUCACUGCAAGGUACAAACACUUAUGCACUUAUUUGGAAUAGCAGUAUUUGUUAUAGUUCUUUGUCGUAAGAAAAUAAUGAAUAACUACAAGUGUAAUAACUGAGUUAAAUAAGUCUUUUGAGUUAUGGGUAAAAAACAAACUGAGGACAUUGAUACAUAAGCUAAGGCAAAAAUGUAAAUAAUAAGGAGACAGAGUUAGAAGCAAUAAAUAUUAGCACCCUGCAGUGAUUACUUUGUUUACUUGUCUGAAAGUUGUGUAAAUGUGACAUUUUGAAAAUAUUAUUUGUUUAUCUGUGACCCUAAUGAAUUCAGCUGCAAAGUCAAUAUGCUUCAUUCUUGUGUUACCAUAUCAUUCAAUCUGCAUUUUACAUUUAAAAAGUACAUUUAGAAAUCCACACUAAAAAAAUGGCCUUUUGAUGGAUGACUACACACUCUGGACAUAAAGAAAAGAGUAAAAGAGUAGGAGGGAGUCCUUACCUUCCUUGAAAGGAAUCUUUGCAGAGUCCUUAUUAUUUAUUUCUGGCCUUUUGAACCAGAUGGUUAAAAAACAUUAUUACCACCCUGCUAGCUUUCCUUUUGGGGCUGCCAUUAUUUGAGUUUUUUGGUAUGCAGGAAAAAACAACAACAUAAUUCUCCCCAUCAGCACAAAUAUGAAUACAACCGUGCCUUUUUUGUGGAUAAGAAUUACAUUAUAUUAUUCAGACUUAAAUCACUUCACAAAAAGUGACACUUAUUGUUUUCUUAGAAAUUCCGAAUGUUUUCAUACCCUAGAUAUAUUGUAGCAGUAAAUUAAGUUGUGAAAAAGACUAACACAAGUUGGCAUUUUAUAUUUUUGUUUGCAUGAGGCAUUUUGUAAAUAUUUUGUGUAUUUUUACUUCUGCACCAUGUUAAUCUUCAUUUUCUGCUGAUGGCACAUCAGAAAUUUUGGUGUACAUGCAUAUGUGGAUAUAUGUUAAUAUAUUUGCAUACAACAGCUAAUUAAAUUAACAAAAAGAAAACAUUUCCAUGAUGUUCAGAUGUGGGUGAAAACACAUUCAGGCCAAAAUACAGCUCCUCUAUGGGGUUAUGAGUGAAUGUCACUGUUGUGACAAGUGGCUCUAUUAAUUAAUUAAUGAGGUAAAAAGUGUCAAAAAAUUGCUGGUUCCACUCUUAACGGAGAGCUAAAAGCCUUUCAGUGUAUAUUUGUGACUGAAAAUGAUGGCACGGAUGGAAAACUUCUGGAAGCCUUUAGUAACCACAAAAGACGACUGU